AUGUUAGUGAAAGAUUUUCCCGAAGGAUGUUGGGAAUUAAUAUUCAGAUUCCUUGGCCAAGGAAAUGAUUUGGAGUCUGUUUCUGUUGUCUGCAAGCAGUUCCUUUCUAUUACAAACCGGAUUAGAAUUUCUCUAACAAUACGUAAUCCGACCAUUAUAUUCCUUCCUCGGCUACUCUUGAGGUUUUUAAGGCUCAAAGUCAUAGACCUCAGUCACUUCACUUGUGAAUUAAAAGGCUUGCUUCAUCAAAUUUCACAAUCUGGGCUGAACCUUGAUUUUAUUAAUCUUUCCAACCAGAAAACGCUUCGUGUGGAUGGGUUGCGAGAACUUGGUUCAAAGAUGAUAAACUUAAGAGUUUUGAUUUGCUCAAACAUUGGUUCUCUUUGUGAUAGCCAUCUAAUAAUCAUAGCUUAUUGUUUCCCAUUCCUUCAAGAGCUUGACAUUAGCUUUCCAUUGGACUCUGAAGUAUCGGAUUUUGGGAUACUAAAGUUAUCUACUAUGCUUGAGAGUCUAAACAAGAUUGAUCUUUCCGGCAAUCACUUGGUUACUGAUAAAUCCCUUUUGUCUCUAUGCCAGAAUUGCAGAUCAUUAGAAGAAAUUUCAUUUUUCACAUGUUUUAAGAUAACACAAUUUGGAAUUGCUUCUGCAUUCCGAAUGAGACCAUCUUUGGCUUCCAUUUCCUUCAACAUUGAAAAGAAAAGAAUACAUGGACCUGGUUUGACGCCCGUGCCCAUUAACGUGGAUUUGAUCGAUUCGCUCGCUAGUUUGAAAAGAUUAAAUGCUGUUGAUUUGUCAAACUCUUUUAUCUCAGACGAGUUUCUUAUUUCACUUGCAAACAGUGCUGGUAAUUUUCUGAAGAAGCUUAUCCUCCAUGAUUGUUGCAACUUUACAUUUUCAGGAAUCUCUUAUGUGUUGUCCAAAUGUCAAUAUACUCAAUGCCUAGAUCUUCGAAAAGCCGACUUUCUUACAGAUCAAUGUAUCAAGAAGUUAUCUAUGUUUCUUCUUAACUUGACCUCUAUAAACCUCAGUGGGUGUUGCCAGCUGACAAACUCAACCUUUUUCAUUCUCACGAAAAAUUGCCAGUUACUCAAUGAGAUCAAAAUGGAGAGAACAUAUAUUGGGGUAGAUGGGGAGGAAGAUUUCAAUUCCAUGACCGAUUUUGUCAUCAACCUUCAAGUGAAAGCGGUUUAUUUCGGUGAUAAUGUUUUACUGAAUGAUGUAAGUUUAUCAAAAUUUUCUUCUAUUUGUCAUAAUUUACAAUUUCUCGACUUAAGUGCUUGUGAGGCCAUCUCUGAAGAAUGUGUUGUUGAGGUUAUGGAGAGAUGUAGUAAGAUAAGGCAUUUAAAUCUCUGCUAUACAGGAAUUGAAAAGUUUCAGAUAAACUUUGAAAUUCCACAAUUAGAGAUGUUGAAUUUGUCAGGGUUGAGAAUUGAAGAUGAAACAUUGUUCAUAAUCUCGAAAUUGUGCAUUGGACUAUUGUCUCUGGACAUCCAAAAUUGUUGCUAUAUCACAACUAAGGGUGUGAGGGAAGUAAUAGAAAAUUGCAGAGGAUUGAAAGAGUUAAAUUUAAAGAACUGUCAAUUGGUGGAUAACGAUUUUGUAUUUAUGCAAACUCUUACAAAGCCAUCUUUGAGAACAAUAAUCACACCAUCUGGUGUUGAUGUUUAUUACUGA